ACAAGAGAGAGAAGCUCCCAGUCGGUCAGCCGCAGGAGGAAACAUCACAGAGAGAAGAAGAAGAAGAAAAACAAGAAGAAAAGUCUCCAAAAACAAAGAAAAAAACAACGAAAAGAAGAAAAAAACAAGAUGGUUGCCAAACAGAGGAUCCGCAUGGCGAACGAGAAACACAGCAAGAACAUCACCCAGCGAGGAAACGUGGCGAAGUCGACGAGGAACAUGACCGAGGACAAAGGUGUGGGUCCCUGGCUGCUCGCGCUCUUCGUCUUUGUCGUCUGUGGAUCAGCCAUUUUCCAGAUCAUCCAGAGCAUCAGGAUGGGCAUGUAGAUGUCACCGGCAGGGGGUGGGGCUACGACGGCGAGCAGCUGAAAGCGGUGACGACGACGACGACGGAGCUGUGAGCGCUGACCGGCGUGACCCCCCAAAACUGACCAAAACAUUCCUGAACUCUGACACAUGUCUGCAGAAACAACCAAACGGACCCCUGAAAACUGCCCCCACCCCUGAAAACUGCCCCCACCCCUGAACAGUGUUUACUCUGUUAUCUGCUUAGUUCCUGCCGCUGCCCGCUGACCUUCUCACAGCGUUUCUCCGCCCUGUGAACAAGCCAUACAUGUGCCUUUCUCUGUUUACCUGUGCUCUGACUCCACCCCCACUGAUUACACUUUAUCAGUACAACAGGUGGGGGGAGGGGUCAUAGUCCAACCUGCUCCUGUAAACUUUCACUCAGACCAAAAUAAGGUUCGAGUUUCUACUCGUUCUGCUUCUGUCUGUUCUGUCCAGUAUUUCUGGAGUCUUUGUCACAUUCCAGAUGUGCUGAUCUUCCUCCUCCUCCUCCUCAGUGGAAAUGAGAUGAAGGUCUUUUGAAUCAGAAGGUUUGGAGGUGCUGACAGGUGUGUCUGCACUGUGUGCAGCUUCACCUGAACGAUCAUGCUCAUGUAAUAAAGUUUCAUUAUGAAGA